GAGCACUCUUGAUGCAAGACCAGGGGAAUGGACUGCAACCAAUCGCCUACCUCAGCAAGAAACUACACGGGGCAGAACUAAACUACCCGAUACACGACAAGGAGGCCCUUGCUAUUAUCAUCGCCUUCAAAACGUGGAGAUGUUUUCUCGAAGGACGGAAAACAACCGUUUACACCGACCAAUGCAGCCUGAAAUAUUUGAAGACACAACCAAACAUCUCUAGGUGGCAGGUGCGAUGGAUCGACUUCCUUGAGACACACUUCCAGUAUGACAUCGUGUACAAGCCCAGCCACAAAAACGAAGCAGACGCUCUCAGGAUCAACGGAAAUCUGGGUACCCAAUUACCCUCCUUUGCGCCAAUUACUACUCUAAGAAUACCACGAUGUUCUAUAUGCGGGACACUUCAGAAGCAACAAAACGCUCACCGGUAUUGCAAAGCACUACUACUGGCCCCACAUGGCAGACAACGUCCAGCAAUUUGUCACCUCGUGUACGACAUGUCAACGGAUGAAGAGCAGCAAGCAGAAACAGGCAGGACUGCUACAGCCUCUUCCUCUCCAGAAAAGCCAUGGCAAGUGGUUCGCCUGGAUUUCAUAACCGGGUUACCAACUAUCACAGGCGGUCAUGACGCAAUCCUCGUCGUCAUCGACAAAUUCUCCAAAAUGUGACACUUCAUCUCGACACACACGACAG